AUGAUUUUCAUUCUGGAAACUGAAAUCAAACUUAUAUCAUGAUUGCAAAGGUUGUUUUCUUGUGCGCUGCUCUUGCAGCUUCUCAUGCCAGUGUUCUUCUGAAGGCACCCCUUGUCAGUACUGGUGUCAGUGCCAGUUCUAGAACACAAGAUGCUUAUGGAAACUAUGCUUUCAAUUAUGACAUCGUUGACAAACUCGGAGCUUCCAACUCCCGAUCUGAAGUAGGUGAUGGUUAUGGCAACAAGAAGGGAACCUACACCAUCCACGAUAUCGAUGGCAGAGCCAGACGAGUAGACUAUGUAGCUGAUAAACUCGGAUUCCGUGCCGCCGUGAAGACCAACGAGCCAGGAACCGCUGCCAGCACCCCUGCUGCAGCCCUCAUCGCUAGCCCUUACGCUGGACCAUCUGUCGAUCAUAUUGCUCCAGUUGCCACUGCAGUCUAUGGACAUGCUGUUGCCGCUCCAGUUGUAGCUGCUGCUCCUGUUGUAGCUGCUGCUGCUCCUAUUGCAUAUGGAGGUAUCGUCGGACACGGAAAUGCUUUGGGCUAUGGUUAUGGUAUGGGAUAUGGAUAUGGAGCUGGUAUUGGCAAGGCUCUGAUCCAUUAAAAACAUAAAUUCGCCGUAUCCCACAAAUUUUAAUUUAUUGUUAUUGCAAAUCCUUAUUAUGCUGUGGUAAAUAAAUAAUUUUAUUUCUGGCAAA